AUGUCACACUCCAUCUUCAGCUCCGCACUGGGCCGAGCAAUCCACCGCCGGCCCCCCAGCGCCCCGCUCCUGCUGCGCCUCAAUUCCACCCUCCUCCUCCUCCACCACCGCCACCACCACGGCCCACGCCCGCGGCAAUCUAGCCCUGCUGCACCCAACACUGCUGCUACGACCACCCCGAUAGACACCACAACCACCACUCCCACCACCGCCACUCCUACAUCUACAACCACAACGAACUACACCACAACCAGCGCCACAGACCCCCCAUGGCCCCCGCGGCAGCGAAACCCUCCCGAGCACGCCGACGCCUGCCACCGCCGCCCCAAGACGCUCCUCGCACUACUGCACCUCCUCGACCGCGCCCACGACGUGCCGUCGCGGCCCAGCUCGGUCAAAGCGGACCUAACCUUCCACGACGCGCUCGCGCGGGGCGCUCGGCGGCGCACGCAGCCGCAGCAGACGACGGACUGGCGGCUGCGCAAAGGCCCAAUCUGGUCGCGCGGCUGGCUGGGCAGCGUGUCGUUGAAGAGCAUCACGUACGAGUACAUGUACCACUUCCUGCUGCAGGGGCGGGACCUGGGGGACGUGGAGGCCGUGGAGAGGGUGUUUGGCGGGCGGGUGGUGGGCUAUCUGCGGGAGCGCGGGUAUGCGGUUGAGCAUGUGGUGGUGUGGGCGUGGAUCUUGAUGGCGAGGGAUGAGCGCCAGGCCGCGUUGCGGAUCGAUGUGUGGGCGAGACUGGGCGGCGCCGUGGGUGCAGAGGGCGGGGGGGAGGGCUUGAGGGACGCGAUCAAGGAGAUCAUUGACUGCGACUCCUUCAACCCCCUGGACGCGGGUGGUGGUGGCCCGCCCCCGCAGGCACAAACACAGGCUAUCACUCGGCCGUACCGCAUCCCGCCCUUCAUCCUCCUGCACAACCUGCGCCGCCCCCACACCCGCAUCAGCGCCCCGACCCUGCGCCAGCUCCUCCCGCACGUGCAGCAAGCGCUCCUCUCGCCGCGCUCCGGCGACACCAAGACGCCCCUCCUCCUGCUGAUCCGGCUCCUCCGCCACGCGCGCAGCUCGUGGCCGCCCGCAAUCCCGCACGUCGCAGACCUCAUGACGCAGCUGCACCCCGCCUCCCCGCGGCCCCCACGGCCCUCCGCCCGCCUCACCGCCACCUACAACCGCCUCCUCGCGCUGCUCUCCCUGCCGCCCAGCGACCGCCCCUUCCAGUGCAUGCCGCUCCUGCAGCACUCGCAGUUCACGCUCCUCCGCAAGAUGGCCACGCUCGACAUCCCCAUCACGCGCGAGGGCUACCGCGCCCUCAUCGCCGUGCAGCUGGCCCACCCAAAGACGCCCGCCGAGGCGCAGCACGUCAACUCGCUGUCGACCAACUGGCCCCCCUGGCCCGUCCCCAAAGACGGCCACCGCCACUCGCCCGGCCACGCCUCGUCCGCGCCGCACCUCUCCCGCGCCGCGCAGGUGCUGCAGCAGAUGGCCGCCGCGGGCUACCACAACCUCGGCUGGGAGAAGGAGGCGGCGGUGCUCGCGGGCACCGACACAGACUCGUCGCCCACGAUCCAGACACGCACGUUCCACCACGCGGGCCGCGCCGGCACGCGCAAGGACCCGCUGAACAUCUGGGCCGUGCGCAUCCGCGCGACCCGCACGCUCGACGAGGCCUGGUGCGUGUUCCUCGAGUGCAUGGCCGCCGUGGCCGUCCCGCCGCCGCCGGCCUGGGAGGAGCUGUUCUACAAGGUGUGUUCGGCGCGCAGGGUGGGGCGCCUGCUGGAGGGCCACCAGCGAAGGCUGCAGGCGAUCAAGGCGGCGCAUGACGCUGCGGGCCCGCCGACGAGGGAGACGCUGCAGGCGGUGGAGCAGUGGGGUGUGGUGGAUGCGGACAUGGCGGAGCGGGCAAAGAGGGUGCUGCCGGGGGAUGCGAGGGAGGUGGCGGGGGUAGGCGCGGCGUCGCCGAGUGAGAGGGUGUAUGUGCCCGUCAAGGCGCCGACGGUGGAGGAGCUGUUCGAUAUGAUGAGGAGAGUGUGUGGGAAGAGGGCGAGGGUGUCGGUGAGGCUGCUGGCGUACCUGGUGAGGGAGGCGGAGACGCUGGAGCAGGGCGAGCGGCUGCUCACUACGUGGAGCGCUGAGCGGUUCCGGCGGUUGCUGAAAACCUCCCCCCCCACCGGCACCCGCAGCGACGACUGGCCCAUCCUCACCUCCUACCUCACGCUGCUCCUGCGCGCCCCCACCCCCCCGCGCCUCUCCCUCUCGCUGCGCCUCCUGCAGUCCCACACCCCCCGGCACCCCCCCGCAUGGAACGCCGUCCUCGCCGCGCUCAGCACCACGCCCACCGCCCCGCUCGCCGCCAGCAGCAUCGCCGCCGCGCGCCUGGCGCUCGUGUGGCGCCUGCACACGACCAUGGCGGCGCACCGCAUCCAGGCCGACAGCAACACGCUGCGGCUGCUGUGCGUGGCGGCGGCGCGGUGUCCGGCGGGACUGGCGUGGGGCGGGCAGGACCCGGUUGAUGCUGCGGCGGGCGUUGUGGAGCGCGCGUUUGGGAUUGGCGGGGGGGGAGGGGAGGGGGUGCCGUUGCUGGCGGCGGAGGCGGCGGCGCUGCAUGCGUAUGUGCGCAUGCUGGGGUUUGCGGGGAGGAGGGAGAGGUUGGAGGUGUUGGUGGGGUGGGUGAGGGGGAGGGUGGAUGUGGGGUCUGUUGCGGGGAGGAGGGUGGUUGUUGCUUGUGCUGUUUUUGGGGUUGAGGGUGGGGGGGAGGGGGGGGAGUGGCCGGGUGGGUGGCCGGGGGAGGAGGAGGUGGAGAGGUAUGUUGUUAGAGGGUGGAGGGGGGUUGUGGAGAGGGGUGAGAGCGAGGUGGAGGAGGUGGAGGGGGCGAAGGAGGUGAAGGAUGAAGAGGGGGUGGAGGGGGUGGAGGUGUAG